AUGGCGCCCCCAGCCGAGGGAUCAACGCGUCAAAUACUGCCGCCCACGGGCAGCCUGACCCAAACACACACCACUCCCUCUACAGAAAUCCAGCAGAACCAGACCGAAACGCACCCUCCAGCAAUCCUCCGGUUGCGCGGCGCCCACGCGCCGUCAAAUCGCUCCGUAACCUGGCGCUCUGACGUGGUCGAUAACGAAGGCCUGAACAAAAAAAAGUCCAAAGUCUGCUGCAUCUACCACCGUCCGCACAGCAUCGACUCCUCCUCCGAAGAAGACUCCUCGUCAUCCUCAUCCUCCGACUCCGACUCAGACGACUCCUCGGGCGGACGAAAAGUCCCUGACGCCGACCACGACAAGGGUGGGUGUAGUCAUCGGCGCAGGCAGAAGCAGCGCAAGAGGAACCCGAGCCCAAAUGCAUACGAGCGCAUGCCGCGGUACGACAAGAAACCUUCCAAGUCGAAGGUUAGUGGGUCUGGCGGCGGUGAUGGUGGGAGUGGCGGCUUCCGGCCCGGGAAAGAUGGGAAUGGGGAUCCGAAUGGAGGGAGCGGGCCUUCUGGGCCGCAGGCUGCUUGA